AUGGCAGCCCUUCCAUCAAUUGCCCUUGCGCUACUCGCUCUAGCGGGCGGCAAUGCCGCCAUGGCUCUGUCGAGUGCCAGCCCCAGUUCAUUCAUGCCCGCCGGGCCCACAGGCACCUCUUAUCCAUCGGGCUUUGACAUGAAGAAGAGUUGGGGCAAUCUCAGUCCCUACGACGACGCGGACCAUUUCGGUGUGGAUAAAGGAUUCCCCACGGAAUGCGAGCUCUCCCAGGUCCAUGUGCUACAUCGCCAUGCGCAGCGAUACCCCACCACCUGGGAGACCGAUGGCGGGGGCAUGGAAGCCUUUGCCUACAAAGUAGGAAACUACUCGAAGAAGAACCCGGAUAAGAAAAUCGGAUCGGGGCCGCUGACGUUCCUCAAUGGCUGGGAGUAUAUGCUGGGCGAACAGACCCUGCUUCCCACCGGCGCGGCCACCGAGGCGACCUCGGGAGCGCUGUUUUGGAGCGAGUAUGGUCGACUGCUGUAUCGUGCUGGCAAGGGAGAGGCGAUCUAUGACCCAUCGAUGAACACUUUCCCUAAUGGGACAUCCCGUCCAAAGCCCAGUUUCCGCACGACCUCUUAUCCUCGUAUUCUGGAGAGUGCACGCUGGUGGCUGAGCGGCUUCUUCGGCAAUGUCGGCGCAAACAGCUCGUACUCUUCGUACGACCUGGUGAUCAUCCCCGAAGAGGACAACUUUAACAACACCCUGUCGUCGACAUCGACCUGCACCAAUGGCUCAUUGGCGGGUGAUGUUUCCGUUGAGAAGUUUGCCCCCAUCGUUACCAAGAACGCUUUGAACCGACUCAAAGAGUUCCUCCCGAGCGACUUUAACCUAACAACUCUGGACAUUGUCUCCAUGAUGAACAUGUGCCCUUACGAAUACGCCACCCUCGGCCGGUCCUCCUUCUGCGCCCUCUUCACCGAACAAGAAUGGAAAGAUUUUGAAUACAUUACCGACCUCACCUUCUACGGUAACAACGGCUUUGGCGCAGCAAGCGGCCGCGCCCAGGGCAUCGGCUAUGUCCAAGAACUCGCAGCUCGUUUGCAAUCCCGUCUCAUCAACAGCAGCGACAGCAGCAUCAACUACACAUACGACGACAACACAAAGGAUUUUCCCCUACACCAGCCCAUGUACAUGGACAUGUCUCACGACGACAUCAUCGUCUCGGUCCUCACCGCUCUGGGCAUGCAAUACUUCAACUAUGGACCCCACGGCCUUCCCGAUUCAGUGCCACAUGCGAUUCCGCACAACUUUGACUUGAAGAAGAUCACGCCAUUCGGCGCACGACUGUUCUCCGAAAUCUGGACUUGUCCCAAGGACGCUAAGCUGGACAACCUCCAGGAGAUGAUGUACAAGAACCCGGAUUUGUCGUCGGACUCCAACACCACGGAUUACAUUCGCUUCGUGCUGAACAACGCACCCGUUUCGACCAUGGGGAUGGAGGCCUGUACGGGUGCCGUUAAUGGAUUCUGUCCUCUCAAGGAUUUCGUCAAAUCUGUGCCGAAACUGUCCGAGGAGGCGAUGUACCAGGAGGCCUGCUUUGGCGAUUAUAACAUUACUACUCAGGUUGGGAAUGGUCAACCGAUUCAAUCUUAA